AUGGCGUCAAAUAUUCCGUCAACAAUAGGAGAAUUCUCCGUGCUUCCUGUAUCAAUACCGCCACUGCCAUCGUUCCCUAAAAAUGUCGUCCAUUACCUUUAUGUACGCAGGCAUGCGCCCAAGAUUCCAACGCCCACCGAUAGUCGCAGCUUGUUCGUGACCAACGUGCCCGUCGACAGCACCGAAGCCCAUCUGCGCGCCCUCGUCACGUCGCUUGUCGGCACAGGCCGCUUCGAGAAGGUCACUUUUGAAGACGAGAGCAAGCAGGAGCAUUCGCUUGAGGGCAAGUCCAUCAUCGACGCCGCCCAGCCGGUCCAUGCUGCUCGGCUCCUCCAAGCACAUAUCAAGAAACGCAAACGUGACGAUGAAGAAGCCCAAGAGGAGGCUGCGGCGCGUCUUCCGAGCACAUGGACACGGCCUCUCCGGAGAAGUGGAAGCACCGCGGUGGUGCUGCUGGCCGAUGAAAAGAGUGUUGAGCAGGUCCUGAAGGCGAUAGCCAAAGUGCACAAGACGAAGAAAUAUCCUGUAUGGGGCGGCGAUGGUCUACCGGAUAGCAAGAUGCCUCCGCUAGGUCCAGUGUGGCUCAAAUCGCACAACAGGCUCUCUUUCCCAGAUCCCAGCAUGCUCCAGGCAUCGGUUGAUGCUUUCUCUACGUUGUUCGCGCGGCGCGAACAGGAGGCGGCUGAAAUUGCGAAGAGGCUGCGCAACGAACCAGACGAGGAUGGGUUUGUUACGGUUACGCGUGGUGGACGCAACGCACCGGCCAGCCGUACCGAGGCCGAGGAAGCCAAGCGCCGGAUGCUGGAGAAAGAGAACAAGAAGAAGGAGGAGCUCGCCAAUUUCUACCGGUUCCAGCUGCGCGAGCGCAAGAAAGCCGAGGCAGCAGAGCUACUCAAGCGGUUCGACGAGGACCGCAAGAAGCUGGAGGAGCUCCGUGCGAAGAAGGGGAAGUUUGUGCCCGAGGCAUGA